GAAUAUGCUUCAGUCAUACUAAAAGCAUCUCAUCUUUCAGUAUGACUGAAGCAUGUUUCACCUUCAACAGCAUAACAACAAAACGACUGUAUAAUACAAAAGUUUGCUUCUGAAAAUAAUGCAUUGCAAACCUAAGAAAUACCUUUCACCACAGAAGCUUGCAUGGAUCUCCACAAAGUAGAACUGCUCACAGAUGGGACAGGCAGUCUAGUAACCCAGUAUUAAUAAAUACAUUAAAACUGUAUUUAAUAGUAUAUAAAACUAAACCUUUGCCUGAGGUUAGUGCUAAAGUAAAGUUCACAAGGUCACCAAAAUCAAUAAGGCUCAUUCAAAGAGAUGUGGACUGUUUUGCUCUUACUUUGACAUCAGAAUGUCAAAGGGGGGCUAUAUUUUUCAUAGCAAAAAAAGGUUCUAAUAUGCUCAUUAUGUGCUGUAAUACUACCGAAAAAAAUAAUGACGCGAUGUUUUUAAAAGAUCAGCUUAAAUGUGUGAUAUGAAUAAAUAAUGGUCAAAAACGUUUCGCACUAGCAAGUUUCACACUCUGGAGCAGAGCAGCGUCCACCGGUCACUCAAGUGGCCACGCCCUUAAUUAUGCAGAACUUUAAGGCUUAAUAUAAUUUAAACGGAUGAGUUAUAAAAAAAUUCACCCCCCUCACAGUUGUCAUGAAGGGCAAAAUUAGCUAUACAGAUCAAAAUCAUUUUUUGCACCAGGCUGUAAACGUUCUUUUCUGCUGUAAAGUUGGGCAUUUUAACAUGGGGAGUCUAUGGGAUUGACUCCCUUUUGCAACCAGCCUCCAGCGGCCAGUCGAUGAAUUGCAGUUUUAGUCACUUCCGUGUUGGCUUCACGAGAGAGAGCGGGAGGUUGCAGCUUGGGAAAAACACGAAUUUAUAUUCGCGCUGCUGUUAACUGAUCAGCGCCGCUGUCAGUUCGGUGGCGCCGGCGAACACGUCCUCUUGCGCUGUCCUCGGUCGCUCUUUAAUACAGCGCUGUUUCGGCCCACUUUUGGGAUUUUUGGCUUCCCAUAGAUAUCAGGGAUAACAGAGGGGAAAAGAAACAUGUAGCUCAUUGUUGUUGUUCUGCUGGCACGCCAAAAAUCAUCCCUGCCAUGGCUGCAGCUUCCCACUGAUAACACAGUAACUCUGGCAUUAUUCACAGUCGGGUUAUUAGCAGAGAACACAGAGCAGAACUUGAAUUUCGGCGCGGGAUUGUGGCUAUCAAUAAUAAUUCUACUCAUUUGCACGUGCUUUUGAGACUUGAGAACUCUCAUAAGGAGAGAGACUGCUUUUAAUAAUGAUUAAGGCAGUUUGCAAAUGUGAUAUUGAUUUAAUACAACAGAUCAAUAAACAAGUACUGCAUGAUUUUGCUCUAUAUCAUCAACGAAAAUAGUUCCAAAUAAAGUAACAGCUGAGCCGCUGUGCGUCUCUAAAAGCACAUUUAUAUUUAAAACAUUAAUGUCCACAUGAAUCUAUGAAUUUAAUUGCACUCAUGCCACCUCUGAGCCUCAUUAAACGUCUGAAAAUGUACCUACAAGCCACUUUUGGGUCACCUCUGUAGUACAAAUUAAUUUUUUUAUUAAUGCUAAUUUCAUAUGAUUGGUAACUUAUUUGUCUUAUUCUACUUCUUAUUAUAUUGUUUUAAAUAGAAAUUUUAAAAAGCUUAUAAACAUAAAUUUUUGAAUUUGACAGAUGAAAAUGAUGAAAGGUAAAAAGAAAAUACCCCUGUAAGUCAUUUUAAGGAGUCAAAUGUCACCUCGUAUUAGGAAGGCUAAUUUUUUAUUAUUAUUUUUUUUUUUUAUCAGAAUUUUGGAUUAUUGAUCAGAAGUGCUCCUAAAUUUUUUAAAUUAGGAGGACAAGCGCUCCUAAUUACAAGAAGAAAAACACGGAUCUUAAACUGGAUGUGUGACAGGUUUGGCAGUUAUCUUCCACUUCGAGAGCUCAGAACUGUCCGUCCUGACUGCGUUUAUUUCACUCCUCCCCUCACUGCAGCCGCCUGCUCUCGCCUACAUUUCAGACAUUGGCUGUAUAUGGGACACCAAAUUACAGAUUUUUUUUUCUCUUUUAAUCAGGUGAGGAAUUGAAUUAAUAAAUAUAAUUUGAAUAUAUUUUUAUUAGACUAAAAUGGUCAAAGUUUCAACUUUAUAUUUUAUUACAAGAUAAUGACUAACUUUUACUUGUGUAGCUUUUGCUUCUCACAAACAUGUGAACUGAUUCUACAGUAGUGUUAUUGAAGAAUUUCUUUAAAUUCUUUUGUAAAAGUAAAAGUGAAACUUUCUUCAACUGUUCUCUUCAGGUAAAAAAUGUCAAACACAAAUGGCUCAUCGCUGUUCCGUCUGGGUUUCGUAGUGACGAUGGCAGGUGUCAUCUCUCUGGGCGCUGUGUUUUUCUGGUUCUCACCUUCAAACAACUGUCCACCUCCAGCUUUUAGACCAGACCAAAAAUCACAGAUCAACUGUGCCAAGAGCAACAACUCUGAUAAAGCAGAGGACAACUCUCUUACUGAUAAAGCAGAGGAGAAACCUAUACUUCUGUUAUGGGUUUGGCCUGAAAAUUAUAGGUUUGAUUUCAGUGACUGCAAAAAAUUGUACAAUAUUGAUAAUUGUCAUCUGACGGAUGAUAGAACUCUGUACAACGACGCAGAUAAUGUCAUCGUUUAUCACAGAGACAUCCGCUGGGAUCUGUCCAACAUUCCUCCAUCUCCUCGUCCUCCGUUCCAGAGGUGGAUUUGGUUGCAUUUGGAAUCACCAACCAACACCAAAAGGAUACCAGGUCUGGAAAACCUGUUCAAUCUCACUCUCAGCUACAGACAGGACGCUGAUAUUCCUGUACGGAUGCGCUUAAUGACCAGGAAGAAACCUAAUGAGGAUUUUGUGAUUCCCAAAAAGGACAAACUGGUGUGUUGGAUUGUAAGUAACAACGAUCCCUCAACUGGUGUCGACACAAGAAACAUUUUUUACAGAGAAUUCAGUAAAUACAUACAAGUGACUUUGUUUGGAAAGGCUUAUGCAAGGUUCCUGGAUUAUAAUGAUUACUAUCCAACCCUGGCUAGCUGCAAAUUUUACCUGGCCUUUGAAAACUCCAUCCACAAGGACUACAUCACUGAGAAGAUAAACGGGCCGCUCGCAGCAGGUACCGUCCCUGUGGUGUUGGGUCCUCCGAGAAGAAACUAUGAAAACUUUGUUCCUGCUGAGUCCUUCAUUCAUGUCAAUGACUUCCCUGAUGCAAAGUCACUAGCCGAAUAUCUGCUUCAGCUGGACAAGGAUGAAGAUGCAUAUCGCAGGUACUUUAACUGGAGGAAACAUCUCACUCCAAGUCCUCAUUUAAUAUUACAGACACAAGAGUUUAUUCUGGGUAUAUGCACUGCCUGUGACCAUGUAGCACGACACAAGGAAUAUAAAGAAGCUCACGAUCUCUAUGAUUGGUAUUUUAAUUAAAGUCUCCUCAGGUUUUCUUACAUCAUCAGUUACUGACUACAACGUUUAUGAAAUAGAUUAUAUUUUAUAUGAAUUGUUACUUAUAUGCAAAAUCUGAUAUUAGAUUUUGAUACUGUUUUGGUGGAAGUAUUUUUAAUAAAUCAUUGCUUAUGGAUGACCUGGUAAUUAAGUGAAGAUGCUUGUACUUUUGUUCGUUUUAUUUUACAUUCCAGCUCUAAACGUGCUCUUUUCGUAAUUGCUUGUGUUUUUUUUUUUUUAAUUCAUUUGUAAAUAACUCUUGAUAACAUUAUAUGGUGAAGAAAUACAUGGAAAUAUUUGUAUGCUGCUUUAUUAUGUUUAUGAACACACUCAUUUGGUCAGUACCAGCCAAUAAUAAAUGCACAGCAUUCAUUGUUUUUGACAGAACUUGAGGCUGAUUCAGGUGUGUUAGAUUUGGUUUUAACCACAUCUCCAUCCUCAUGACAUGCUGGCUUUAUGUCACUGUUGGGUAAACCCGCAGACAUUGAUUAACUAGUUUAGGUGUGUGCCUGAAAUUUUUCUGUGUCAGUUUGAGAUUUGUCUCGCAGAACGUCUAGGAAAUCAGGCUGUGCGUUACUCAUUUUCAUUUAGAGCCGGUGAUUUCCAUCGGCUAUUGGUGAUGCAACAAGCAGACACUAUACUAGCUUUGUUUACAUGCACAGAACAUAUUUUAUAAAUAGACCCUCAGGCAAUCCCAGAUGUCGGUGACUUUUUCUUCAGUAGAACAGUAAAGAAGAUUUUUAUAUGAAAGGGUGAUCCUUGGUGAUACACUGCACAUCUGUGGCUGGAGGUUUUUGAAAAAAAAACAUACAGACAAGAUCAAAUUAAUACUACAGUGAUUGUUUUGCUUCAUUAGGUCUCAAUGUGUUAUCAGGAGCCACUGCUAAUUUGGUCUUGUCUGUAUAUGUUUUUUGACUCUCAAAAACCGGCAGCUAGAGACGUGCAGUUUGUGAAUUGCUAAAGACAACUGUAUCACCUAAAAAUCUCCUUUACUGUUCUAAUGAAGAAAAAAGUCACCUACAUCUUGGAUGGCCUGAGGGUGCGUUAAUUAACAGCAAAUUUUCAUUUUUGGGUUCACUAUUCCUUUAAGCCUGCAUGUUUAGUAUGUAUGACACAUGUUAUGCAGAUUGAUAUAAACUAAAGGCUAUUAUGUAUUGUAAUGUGUGUGUUUUUAGUGAGUGAUAGACACCAGUUAAUAAUUUUCUUAAACUUAGUAUACAAUGUAAUAACUAGUUCCACAGCAAUUUCUUAUGAUGCCCAAAUAGUAAAUCUUAGUUGAGGUAACAUAAGGAACACAUGGAGUAAAUGGUUCAAUUUUAAUUGACAAUAUUUGCUGUAGUUUUCUAAAUGUUCAAACAAAAACAUUUUAGUUGAAUGAACUAUAAAACUAGUUCAGUGAAGGUUGAGCCUGCUAAAAAAAUAACAACUCAGGCAACACUUUGAAGUCAGAAAUUGACUGAACGUAACAUUUCUGUGGAACUAGUUACUAAAUAAUUAGUUGAAGCAGCUUGAAAUUUUUUUACAGUGUAGUGAUACUGUUUGUACCAAGUAUAAAUAGCAGUAAAUUGCAUCUUUUGUGUGAAUAGUGAUAAAUGCUGUUCACACAAAGUAUGCAUGGAAGUAAAAUUCUGUUUGUUCUAAAGUUAAAAUAUCUCAGCAAAGGUGGGCUUGGCCUUUCAGAUUAUGGGUGGCCUGGCCAUGAAACUGGUUAUUCAGGUUUAUGGGUUUCACAUGGUAUAGUCACACAACCUGUUUAAAUGACUGGUUUGUCUUGCGUUUUAUGACCUUAUAGCUGAUUGCACAGUCCAGUUUGUCCUGAAAAGACUUUUUUGACUAGGGUAAACGUACCCUAAAAUCAAACAACAAGGCAUUCAAUUUGUCAGUUAUAUAUUCAUAAUGAAGUGACAUUUAAGCACACUGCAACAUCUAUAGUCCACGUUCAGCUAAGUAACACAAAUUCAAAAAUCAAAUAAAACAAACCAAUAAAACAUUUAAUUCAUGGGGAUUAACACAGAAACUAGCCUCGUUUUUAAGGCUGGAGAACACUACACAAUUUUUGCCCCGAUUUUCCACAGAUUUACAGUCUGGAGAAGUUGAUGCUAGCUGCCAAAGCUCAUUAGAUUUGAGUCGACAGAAUCCAUAAAAAAUCCAUUAACUUAAACUGAUGGUUGUUUAUGACAUCUGUUUAUGAAGUAUUUACAUAGAAGUUCAAUGGGGAAGAGCUUAAAGAGAGCACACUGAGCUUAAUUAGAGCAGCAACAAUUUUUAAUAAAUUGCAUAUAAUAUUAUUAAAAUGACAGGAUUUUGCUAAAUAAAUAGCCUAGGUCAUGUAUUAAGUUCAUACAUAUUUUAUUAUGAACAACUAUUAUUAACAAUAUCUAUGAAAUGAUUCUUUUUCUUAUUGAUGUCACACUGAAGCUGUGUGAAUUUCAUAGUCGUGCACCCUUUAAGCUCACCUUACAAUAAUAUGAAACCUUUAAAAAUUACAGCACUGUAAAACCACAGACCAGCAAUAAACUUUUAAUUUAUAAUAUUAUGGAUGUAAAAGUACAAGGCAGUGAUGCCUGUGAAGUAGGGGUGUGCGAUAUAUCAUCUGCGAUAUUAUCGUAAUUGUUGUUUGAGCCAUUGCUAUCGUAUCGUCAAUGCAUCCGCCAUAUUUAUCCAGGCAAGACUGCUUUAAAAACAAAUGGAGGUAAACGGGGAGCUGCGGUUUUUCUGGAUAAAAACACGAUAACGUUUACAUUUAUCAUCCGAUUUCAGUGGUUUGUGACCUACAUGGACUUAAAAAUAACUCUGCCUCCAGUUAUUUAGUUAGGCUUGUGUUACCCGCCUCGAGUCUGGCAAGCCUGAGUGGGUAAGUUGCAUGUACAACACUUGCCAGCACUGUAGAAUAAUAAGAAGAGAUGAUGUGAGACACAAGUACUGGCUGUAGUCUUUGUCAAUGUUUAAUUGAUUCUGACUCAUUUCUUUGAUUUCAAUGCAUGAACAUUAUUAACAUAUUUAACUUUAAUUAACAACAAUUACUUGUUCUUUUCAACACAUUUCAAUAAAGACAGUUAGCUACAUCUUAAUAAAGGCCUUUCAAAAGUUAUUUGUUUUAAGUUGUAUAACACAUUACUAUCAAGCACAACACAUUCACCUUUUACAGUGUUUUCAAUCAAAUAUCCAGGAUUUCACAUCACCAUAACAUUCACGAAACAAUUAGUCUAACUUUUAAACUGUCGUACAGAUGAAUACGCUAUCCUCGUGUUUUACAGAUACGUCUCCAUUUUGGCUCGCAUACAUGCACCGCCAUUUUGGCUCUAGAUAACUUCCAGUUGCAAACGCAGAGUUAACUCGUUUAAACUUUCUCAUCCAAUAACAAACAACAUUACAAAAACAUCCAUGAACUCGUUUAACACGUACAUUUGAUCAUAUUUCACAUUGCAUUUACAUAUUUGUCCCUCUUAUGUCUGAUACGACUCAUUAUUACAAAACAGUCUUACUCUGUAAUCCAACAAAAAUGAACACAUACAUCUUUGAAAUACAGUGUAUUAUUACAUUAGUUGCACUUAGUUUUUGAAUCGAUUUUGCUCACCUGUAGAAUAAUAAGAAGAGAUGAACUAACACGCCACUACAUCAAAGUUAUCAAUGGCAAAUGUUAUAUAUGCAGUGUCUUACACCACAGUUUGUCAGCGGGAAACUAAAAAAAAAAAUUUAAAAAUUGUGAUUUUCUUUCUCAUUCGGACACAGACAAACAAGUCCGGUGAUUUUUGUCUUUUAAACCAGAAAGACGGCUGACAGAUCUAACCGCCACAGAAAAUAAAGCAACAGGUAGACAAACCCACCCAUUCACAAAGGCAGCGUGGAGUGCUUGGAUGAAUGAAUGAAUUAAUGCAUUUAUAAAGCGCUUUAUUGUGUA